AUGGGAAACGAACGUGGCGAGGCGUUCGAGCCGGCCAACGAAUAUAAUGACGGCUCCUUUCAAGACGCUGAUCGCGAAGAACUCAGGCGUUUAGGGAAGAAGCAAGUUCUUAGGCGAGGAUUCCGUUUUCUCUCCAUCUUAGGCUUUAGUUGCGCUGUCCUCAUCACCUGGGAAGCGUCACUGAUCCUCUUCCUCACGGGCCUCCAGAAUGGCGGCCAUGCAGGCAUCGUGUAUGGCUACAUAGUAAUCUGGGUCGGCAACUUGGCCGUCUUCACUACCCUCUCCGAACUGGUGUCCAUGGCUCCCACAUCCGGCGGCCAAUACCACUGGGUCGCCAUGCUCGCUCCAAAGUCUUCCAGCAAAUUCCUCAGCUACAUUACCGGUUGGCUGACCGUGGCUGGAUGGCAGGCUGGUUUUGCUUCCGCCUGCUUUCUGACCGGCUCGAUGAUUCAGGGACUCGUUACAUUGACUAAUCCGUCGUAUUCGCCCAAAUCGUGGCAUACAGCCUUGAUUCUUUGGGCUGUGGCAUUGUACUGUGUCUUUAUCAAUGCUGUGACGAGUAGACUGUUGCCUGCCUUUGAGAAGAUAGCUCUGGCGUUUCAUAUUGUUGGGUUUCUGGCCGUCUUGAUACCGCUCGUUAAGUUUGGAGUGAAGAAUGAUGCCAGUCUGGUUUUUAAGAAUUUCAUCAACGAGGGAGGUUGGUCGAGUCAAGGGGUAUCGUUCCUAGUUGGAUUGAUAGGAAAUGCGUUUGCUUUCUUGGGUCUCGAUGGUGCAUAUCAUAUGUCUGAGGAGAUACAAAACCCGUCUAUCACAGUCCCGCGCUCCAUAAUCCUUACACUAUUCAUAAACGGCAGCUUGGGCCUCGCCAUGCUCAUCGCGACCCUGUUUAGCAUAGUCAACUUGCCCGCCGCCCUAGCAUCACCAACCGGUUUCCCAUUCAUGGAAAUCUUCGUCCAGGCUACGGGUUCAAUUGCUGGCUCCGCAACGAUGGCUUCAGUCAUCGUUACGCUUGCUCUAUUUGCAAACUGCAAUUAUCUCGCUUCUACGUCCCGGAUGACGUGGUCGUUUGCGAGAGAUCGAGGUCUUCCGGGGUGGAAGGCAUUGGCGAAGGUUGAGCGACGCACCGAAGUUCCCCUAACAUCUGUUCUCGUCACAGCUGCCAUUACCAUUCUUCUCUCUCUUAUAGUCAUCGGCUCAACCACAGCCUUUAACAUUAUCGUCUCCCUAACAGUCGCAUGUUUAUACGUCAGCUACUUGACUGCCACCAUCCUGCUCCUCUACCACCGCUGCACGGGAAGCGUGUCAUACCCUUCCUCGACCACUAACACCGGCCCGGCCCUCGCCAACACUACCGGGGCCCGCCUAGUUUGGGGACCAUGGCAUGUCCGCGGCGCCUUGGGGAUAGCCAUCAAUAUCUUCGGAUGCAUAUACCUAACAGUCAUUCUGAUAUUUAGUUUCUUCCCUGCCAAAGCAGUUCCGACAGCGGGAGAUAUGAACUAUAGCGUCGUUAUUUGGGCAUUUGUGGUUGUGUUUAGUGUUGUCUAUUAUCUUGCCUAUGCACGGAGGGUGUACGAGGGUCCUCUCGUGGAGGUUGACACAGUGCCGUCUAUGGAGUCCAGGGUUAAGCAGUAG